AAAUUCCAUUCCUUCCAAGUUCCAAUCAUGCUUGCUUCCUGCUAACCGUAUCAAAUUCCACAAUUCAAGAAAGUGAAAAUCCUCGCAACACAUUUCUUUCUCUCCAACCUCCCGCCAAUUGAAUUUCAUUUCCCUCCUUCAAUUCCCAAACCCUAACCCCCUUUCUUCCCCAAAUCACCCCACCUAGGGUUUCACUUCAACCAUGCCUUCGAUACUCUCUCCUGGCAAAAUCCACAAACUCCAGAUCGAGAAUUUCAAAUCCUACAAGGGUUUCCAAGAUAUCGGUCCUUUCUAUGAUUUCACCGCCAUUAUUGGACCUAACGGUUCCGGCAAGUCCAACCUUAUGGACGCUAUUAGCUUCGUUCUUGGCGUCAGAACCGGCCAACUCCGUGGUGCUCAACUCAAAGAUCUCAUCUAUGCAUUCGAUGAUCGAGAUAAAGAACAGAAAGGAAGAAGAGCUUUCGUUCGUUUGAUUUAUCGACUUGCGAAUGAUUCUGAGCUCAAAUUCACUAGAACCAUUACUUCUGCCGGAGCAAGUGAGUAUCGUAUUGAUGAUAGUGUUGUUACUUGGGAUGUUUAUAAUGCUAAACUCAAAUCGUUAGGUAUUCUUGUUAAGGCUCGCAAUUUCUUAGUCUUUCAGGGUGAUGUGGAAUCUAUUGCGUCCAAGAACCCGAAGGAGCUUACUGGACUUAUUGAGCAGAUAUCUGGAUCUGAUGAACUUAAGAGAGACUAUGAGCAGUUUGAAGAAGAAAAAGCUACUGCUGAGGAGAAAUCGGCACUUGUUUAUCAGAAGAAAAAGACAAUGGUUAUGGAGAGAAAGCAGAAGAAAGAACAGAAGGAAGAGGCAGAGAAACAUCUUCGACUGCAAGAUCAAUUGAAAUCUAUGAAGAAGGAACAUUUCUUGUGGCAGUUGUACAAUAUAGAAAAUGAUAUUGUUAAAACAACUGAGGAACUUGAAACUGAUAAAAGAAGUCGUGAAGGUGUUAUUGAAGAACUAGAAAAUUAUGAACAUGAAGCCAGUAAAAAGAAAAAAGAGCAAGCCAAAUAUCUGAAAGAAGUUAUGCUACGUGAGAAGAAAAUAACUGAGAAAAGCAACAAACUUGACAAGACUCAACCUGAGCUUCUUAAGUUAAAGGAGGAAAUGACUCGUAUUAAUACAAAAAUUAAAAAAGGGAAGAAGGAGCUUAACAAAAAAAAGGAAGAACAAAGGAGGCAUGCCGGUGACAUAGCAGGGCUAGAGAGUGGUAUUCAGGAUCUUACAGCGAAGAUGGCAGACCUACAGGAGAAGAGUAGAAAUGUCGGUGAUCAGCUCAAGUUAGAUGGCAAUGACUUGGAAGAAUAUUUUAGAAUAAAAGAGGAAGCUGGGAUGAAAACUGCAAAGCUUAGAGAGGAAAAAGAACUUCUAGAUAGGCAGCAACAUGCUGAUAGUGAAGUUCAAAAUAAUUUGGAAGAAAAUCUUCAACAAUUAAAAAACCGGGAGUCUGAGCUGGAUUCACAGGAAAAACAGAUGCGAGAAAGGCUUGAAAAAAUUCGGGAUAAUUAUGCAAAAAAUAAGGAUACCGUUGAAAACUUGAAUAAAGAACUGCGUGAGAUGAAAGAAAAACAUAAUGAAGCCAAGAGAAAUUAUGAUAACUUGAAGAUGAAAAUUGGCGAAGUAGAGAAUAAUCUCCGUGAAUUGAAGGCUGAUAGAUAUGAAAAUGAGAGAGAUGCUAAAUUGUCUCAGGCUGUGGCGACUCUGAAACGCUUGUUUCAAGGAGUCCAUGGUCGCAUGACUGAACUUUGUAGGCCAACGCAGAAGAAGUAUAACCUAGCCGUUACUGUUGCUAUGGGUAAAUUAAUGGAUGCAGUUGUUGUCGAGGAUGAAAAGACUGGGAAGGAAUGCAUCAAGUAUUUAAAAGAGCAAAGGCUUCCUCCCCAGACAUUUAUUCCUCUACAAUCUAUUCGUGUGAAGCAAAUAAUGGAAAGGUUACGCUCAUUAGGGGGUACAUCAAAACUGGUUUUUGAUGUGAUUCAGUUUGAUCCCUCCUUGGAGAAGGCAAUUCUAUUUGCUGUUGGGAAUACUCUUGUUUGUGAAGACCUCGAGGAAGCCAAAAUUUUAAGCUGGAGUGGGGAGAGAUUUAAAGUUGUUACCGUGGAUGGAAUUUUGCUGACGAAGUCCGGCACAAUGACCGGUGGCACUAGUGGUGGAAUGGAAGCAAGAUCUAAACAGUGGGAUGACAAGAAAUUUGAAGCAUGUCUUAAGCAGAAAGAGCAGUAUGAAUCAGAGUUGGAACAGCUUGGAUCAAUAAGGGAUAUGCACCUUAAAGAGUCUGAAACAGCGGGGAAAAAGAGUGGACUUGAGAAGAAAAUUCAAUAUGCUGAGAUUGAAAAGGGAAGCAUUGAAGACAAACUUUCAAAUUUUAGUCUCGAAAAGGGGACCAUCAAAGAAGAAAUUAAACGUAUUAGUCCAGAACUGGAGAAGUUAAGAGAUGCUGUUGAAAAGAGGAAUAAACAAUUACGCACUCUUGAGAAGAGGAUAAAUGAAAUCACUGAUCGGAUAUACAAAGACUUCAGCAAGUCAGUUGGGGUAGCAAACAUUCGCGAGUAUGAAGAAAAUCGACUCAAGGAUGCUCAAACUGUAGCAGAAGAGAGGCUGAACCUGAGUAGCCAACUUUCAAAAUUAAAAUAUCAGUUGGAGUAUGAGCAAAAUCGGGACAUGAAUUCUCGAAUUCAAGAAUUGGAAUCUUCUGUAAGUGCUUUAGAGAAUGAUUUAGAACAUGUACAGAACAAAGAGGAUGAAGCAAUGUUAGCAGCAGAGAAAGCUACUGAGGAGAUGAAUCAAUUGAAGGAUGAAGCUAAAGAGUGGAAAUCAAAGUCAGAUGAUUGUGAAAAGGAAAUCCAUGAAUGGAAGAAGCAGGCUUCUACGUCCACAACAAAGUUAUCCAAACUUAAUCGUGGGAUAAACUCAAAGGAGACACAGAUUGAGCAAUUGAUGGGGCAAAAGCAGGAAAUAUUAGAGAAGUGUGAACUAGAGCAGAUUAGCCUUCCAAUCAUAUCAGAUCCCAUGGAUACUGAUAGCUCAACACCGGGUCCAGUUUUUGACUUCGAUAAGCUUAGUAGGACACUAAAAGAUAAACACUCUGACAGGGAUAAAAUAGAGGUAGAAUUUAAGACAAAAAUGGAUGCAUUGAUAUCUGAGAUAGAAAGAACAGCACCAAAUUUGAAGGCAUUGGACCAGUAUGAGGCUCUGCUUGAAAAAGAAAGAGCUGUAACUGAAGAGUUUGAUGCUGUCAGGAAAGAAGAACAAGAAAAAGCAAAAAGAUUCAAUGAUGUAAAGCAGAAGAGAUAUGAUUUGUUCAUGGAUGCUUUCAACCAUAUAGCUGGUAAUAUCGAUAAAAUUUACAAACAACUUACAAAGAGCAACACUCAUCCUCUCGGUGGAACCGCAUACUUAAAUUUGGAAAAUGAAGAUGAUCCAUUUCUACAUGGCAUGAAGUACACUGCUAUGCCACCAACAAAGCGGUUCCGCGACAUGGAACAACUAUCUGGUGGUGAAAAGACUGUUGCUGCGCUUGCGUUGCUAUUCUCCAUCCAUAGUUAUAGGCCUUCACCAUUUUUCAUACUGGAUGAAGUUGAUGCUGCAUUGGACAACUUGAAUGUUGCGAAGGUUGCUGGCUUUAUUCGAUCAAAAUCUUGUGAAGGAGCUAGGGUUAAUCAGGACACUGAUGGCGGAUGUGGUUUUCAGAGUAUUGUAAUAUCUCUGAAAGACAGCUUCUACGACAAAGCUGAAUCGUUAAUUGGGGUUCACAGGGACUCGGAUAGAGGCUGUUCGGGUACUCUCACAUUUGAUUUGACUAAAUACCGGGAGUCCUAAAAUUCAUCCAUUGGAUAUAUAUUAUAAGUUGAUUUCGAUGUACAGAGCUCGCAUUGCUUUUUAUUUCUUGUUUAAUUAAUGAUUCCUGAACUUAUAUACUCUAUCUUGUUUAUCACUACCUCUUGUCAAAGUUGGUGUUUAAAUUACCACUUGCCUCCUUUUUUAAACUUAUUAUUGUAAAUAGGAGUGCCUCACAGUAGAUUAGAUGCAUUAUCUUUGACUUAGAAAUGCCAUGUAGCUCUGAAUAUUCGUUAGUAAACAAACUAGGUAUAUUAAUGCUAUCUAUACAUUCAUAAUAUUCGUUAGUAAACAAAUAGAAGUGCAUUAUCUUUUUUCUA